GAAGAUGCCAUUGUGAAACUAUGCAGUGACUACCAGUUACUUUUACAAAAACUUGCCAUUUCUCUGUAUUUACAAAUGCGGUAUUUGUAAACUUCGCAUCACUUGCAAGCAAGAUUCGCUUUGUUUUGUUACAAGGAUCUGGAAAUAUGAGCGGGGAGUUUAAUAUAUUUGGGAAUUUAGAUGCCCUAAAAAAUGUUAAUCUUUUGGAUAAACUCAAAUCGCUUGAAAAUUCAAAUGCCGCUAAGGAUGCAAACGACACUAAUGGAUUGCUCAGUAGCGAUGACAGCGAUUUGGAUAAGGACUUUGAAUCCAUGCUGAACAAUAAUGUAACCAAAAAAAGUCCCUCGAAACGUAGAAAAAUGAAUAAUGUUGAGGCCAGUGACGAAAUCUGUGCGCAAGCAAAGUCUAAAAAUGCUAAAGGAACUGAAGACACUGUUGCCUCCAAAGAUAAAAAAGAUAAAGCAAAGAAAAAAGGUCGAAAGACAGUUCAUCGCAGAUCUACUUCGUCUUCAGAGAGAUCCUUGUCUCCAACCCUAGAUUGCUUAGUAAAUUUCGAUAAGAAUGCUGGACAUAAUGAUGUUAUGGAUACAGUACCGGAAUUGCCCAGAGUAACCAGAAAAAGCUUUGACGCCUUAAGGAAAAUAGCAGAAAAAAAUGCAGCAGCUGCUGCUGAAGCCGAAAGAAGAGAUAAGGAAAAUACCAGCAAAAUAAAAGGACGUGGUGGAAGAGGGAGAGGAAGGGGACGGGGACGGGGUCGUGGUCGUAGUGGAAGAAAUGCUAUUGCCGAAAAUCUAUCGAAUGAUAAUAGCUGUUCUAAUAAUACCGACUCAGAUGGAGAAUAUGUUCCCCAGGCAUUGGGGGAGGCAGAUACGCAUGCCCCCACCUAUAUACCAUCUCCUGUAGGCGUAUUAGCAGGUUUGCCAUCCAUUAUGGAAAGUUUCUUGGGACUAGCUCGCGGGCGAGGUCGCCAAACAAGAAACAGCCAAUCUGCCCGUUCUCGGCGAAAUCAAAUGGCAGAACUUGCAGCACGGUCUACACAGGUUGACUUUGUUGAUUUAGUAUCUAGUCCAUUGCCUCGUGUCGAAGGUACAAUAUCUCUAGACUCUGAUGGAGAAAUAGAUCCCAAUCAGCAGCCCAUAAGUCUUGGUAGGAGGAAACAUACAGAAACUACUUCCACGCUGGACGUUUCAAUUGAAGAAGAUAAUCCCGAAAUAUCUGUCAAGAUAAAAUGGAACGGUAAACCCGAAUCAUUUAAACUUCGCAAAUACCAAAAAUUUGCUGUGAUAAUUCAAAAAUUAGCUGAACGUGAAAAUGCUGGUAUGGAUAGUAUUGUUUUAAAUUUAGAUGAUCGUAUUAUAACAGCAGAUGAUACUCCCGAGUCGAUAGAUUAUAAGAUUUUCCAAUUUAUUAACGGACGUGUUGUAACUAUGAAAUUUAAUUCGCCAUUAGCUACGGGCAAAACGGCAGUUACAAAGAAACAUCGCAACGCCAAUCAAAUAAGUGUGAAAGUGCAGUCGGAUAAAUGGAAGAGACCGCUUCAAAUUGAUAUUAAAAAAACUGAUUUAUUUCGUAUUUUGUAUAUAAAAUGUGCCGAGGAGUUGAACAUAACAACGGAGAAAAUCAGUCUGAGUUUUGAUGGCGAACCCCUAGAACUUAAUGAUACUCCAGCAGAUUUAGAUUUGGAAGGUGGUGAAGUUAUUGACUUACGUCUCAGAGAAUAAAACACUUCCCAAAUAUACCAUUCCAUUCCAAAUUUGGUUUUAUCUAAAUUUCGUAUAUUGUAUGCAUUAUCUUUUUAUUAGUUGCAUCUAUUGAAUUUUCUUAAUUUGAAACAAAAUAUUUAUGUAUAACCGUUUUAAAUAAUGUAUGUUUUUUCUUAAAAUAUAGACAAAUUUGUCAGAAUCGUUAGAAUCUUAUAAUUUUUAAUAAAGUACAAUGUAAUAAAAGCUUAUAGUGGAGCCUAACAUGAA